AUUGCUACUUUGCUGGUUUCCGUCUGACAGCUUGUAAAAGUAUCAACUAGUAGGGCCUAACGCUGAUUAUAUCUCUCAUACCUACUUGCUAUUAUACCGACAAAGAUGACAGACUCUAAAUAUUUUACAACAACAAAAAAAGGCGAAAUUUUUGAAUUAAAAGCCGAAUUAAAUAGUGAUAAAAAAGAGAAAAAAAAAGAGGCUGUAAAGAAGGUGAUAGCUAGCAUGACUGUUGGCAAGGAUGUUAGCAGUUUAUUUGCUGACGUUGUUAAUUGCAUGCAAACAGACAACCUUGAAUUGAAGAAACUUGUAUAUUUAUACUUGAUGAAUUACGCAAAGACCCAGCCAGACCUGGCAAUAAUGGCUGUUAAUACCUUUGUUAAGGAUUGCGAAGAUCCAAAUCCCCUUAUUAGAGCUUUGGCCGUAAGAACAAUGGGUUGUAUUCGAGUUGAAAAAAUAACAGCAUAUCUUUGUGAUCCUUUGCGAAAGUGUCUCAAAGACGAGGAUCCAUACGUUCGUAAAACCGCUGCAGUUUGCAUAGCAAAAUUGCAUGACAUUAACGGUGAAAUGGUAGAGGAGUUAGGAUUUCUUAAUACUUUACGCGAUCUAACCGCUGAUCCAAAUCCGAUGGUUGUGGCUAAUGCAGUUGCUUCCAUUGGUGAGAUUAUGGAAACGUCCCCAAGCGCCAGGUCAUUGCUUGAGCUCGAUUUUCAAAUUGUUGGCAAACUGCUAACCGCUCUCAACGAAUGCACGGAAUGGGGACAAAUAUUUAUUUUGGACGCAGUAUCGAACUAUGUACCCGAAGAUUCAUCGAAUGCAGUGAUGAUAUGUGAGAGAGUUGCCCAGCGCUUGGCUCAUGCUAAUAGUGCAAUUGUCCUCUCCUCUGUCAAGGUUAUCAUGAAACUUAUCGAGGUCAUGGAUCAAUCAACUGACCAACCUGCUAAUUUCAUGAAAAAACUUUCACCGCCUCUAGUCACUUUGUUAUCAAGCGAGCCGGAAAUCCAGUAUGUCGCGCUUCGUAACAUCAAUUUGGUAGUCCAAAAAAGACCUGAUAUAAUGAAACAGGAUAUGAAAGUUUUUUUUGUGAAAUAUAAUGAUCCAAUUUAUGUUAAGUUGGAAAAGUUAGAUAUUAUGUGUCGUCUGACAUCCGAGGCAAAUGUUGCUCAAGUAAUUGCUGAAUUGAAAGAGUAUGCGACAGAGAUUGACGUAGAUUUUGUUAGAAAGUCAGUGAGGGCCAUUGGAAGAUGUGCUAUAAAAGUUGAAGUUGCUGCUGAGAAAUGUGUCAGUACUCUAUUGGAUCUUAUUCAGACAAAAGUCAAUUAUGUUGUCCAAGAGGCUGUUGUUGUUAUUAAAGAUAUAUUUCGCAAAUUUCCAAACCGAUAUGAAAGUAUAAUUGCUACUCUUUGUGAGAAUCUCGACACUCUAGAUGAGUCCGAAGCUAAAGCUAGUAUGAUAUGGAUUAUUGGGGAAUAUGCCGAAAGAAUUGAUAAUGCAGACGAAUUACUCGAGAGUUUCCUUGACGGUUAUCAAGAUGAAAGUCAACAAGUGCAAUUACAAUUAUUGACUGCUAUUGUAAAGUUAUUUUUGAAGAAGCCAACUGAUACUCAAGAUUUAGUACAACAAGUUCUUUCUCUAGCCACAAAUGAUUCUGAUAACCCAGAUCUGAGAGAUCGAGGCUAUAUUUAUUGGAGAUUACUUUCAACUGAUCCAGCAGCAGCUAAGCAUGUUGUUUUAGCAGAAAAGCCGCUUAUUAGUGCUGAAACUGAUCUUAUAGAGCCCACACUGUUGGAUGAACUAAUAUGUCAUAUAUCAAGUCUAGCAUCUAUUUAUCAUAAACCUCCAGCGGUUUUUGUGGAUGGGAAAGCAUCCUACUUUCGAAAAGCUUUACCACUCAACUCGGACGAGAAAAAUUUCUCUAGUCCCACACCAGCAGUCACCCAGCCGUCCGUAAUUCCCGAUUCGUCUCAUCCAGCAAUUGGAGAUUUGUUGGAUAUAGAUAGCUUUGUACCUUCUCAAGGUAAUUCUACUGUACCUAACUCUGCUGUUGACCUUCUGUCCGAUGGACUAGAAGGCUUAGGUGGCAUAGGAUUUGGUGCACCAUCUCCUGGAACAGCAGGUAAUCAUGUUACUUCAGAUGGAUUUGUGGAUUCAGGAUUACUUUCUGGAUUAAAUGAUGUUUUUGGUUUGUCACAAUCUACUUCUUACAUUCCCCCUCAAGAAGUUUGGCUACCAGGAGUAAAGGGCAAGGGUAUGGAAGUAUCAGGAACUUUUUGUCGUAGAAAUAACCAACCUAUUAUGGAAUUGACAAUCUCCAACAAAGCUCUGGAUCGUAUGUCAUCAUUUGCUAUUCAGUUCAAUAAAAAUAGCUUUGGUCUUCAACCGGCGCAACAGAUAUCUACUAAUAGUCCAGUUCUUCCGAAUAGCUCAAUUAAUGUUUCUUUACCAUUGAAUACCUCAGGACAGGUCCAAAAAUCUGAGCCUUUGAACAGUCUGCAAGUAGCUUUCAAAAACAACGUUGAUGUCUUUUAUUUUAGCUGCAUAGUUCCUCUACAUAUUCUUUUCACGGAGGAUGGUGAAAUGGAUAAGAGAGUAUUUCUAGCAACUUGGAAAGACAUUCCAUCGGCCAAUGAAUUUCAAACAGAUGUUGAUAACGUUCAGCAUAACGCCGACACUGUUUCAUCUAAGCUAAAAAAUAACAAUAUUUUUACAGUGGCAAAGAGAAAUGUUGACGGUCAAGAUAUGCUUUACCAAUCACUCAAGCUAUCAAACGAUAUCUGGGUUUUGGCAGAAUUGAAGGUUCAACCCGGAAAUUCCUGCUUUAAGCUAUCUAUCAAAUCGAGAGCAGUGCAAGUUUAUGAUGGAAUUCUUGGUGCAUAUGCGUCCAUCUUACAUUCCGCUUAAAUAUCCCGUUAAUUACUUGAGAUUUUUCGUACGUUAAAAUGCUAAGUCAUCAUUUUGGAAUAACGACGUAUUAAAAUAUUUCAAAAUAAAUUCACCUCCAGUAUUUAAAAAUUA